CGAUAGUCGAGAAACGCGUCGAGGCGGUUUGUCGGGGAGAAGUGCCAGCCCCUAGGAGAACUACACCGGCCCUGGAUCCCCGGACCCCUUACCAUUUCGAGUCACUGCCUUGGCCUGGCCUGAGAGGAGCCUCGGCCCCACGCUAGUACACACAUCGGCUGUCUCUGCACCUCGAAAGAGAAAUAUACCGAGAUUCUUUCUUUCUUUCUCUCUUUUUCUCUCUUUUUCUUUCUUUCUCUCUUUCUCUCUCUCUCUCUCUCUCUCUCUCUCUCUCUUUCUCUCUUUCUCUUUCUUAUUAACUUUAUCCUUAUCUUUAUCUUUAUUUAUAUCUGUCUACCCAACUAUUUAUCCAUCCAUCUUUCUUUCUAUUUACCUAUCUAUUUAUCUAUUUAUCUGUCUAUUUAUCGUUACGGGCGUGAUUUUUUCGUCGAUUUUAUCUGUCUCAAAAGUGUAAAUAUUCGCACGUAGAAAAUUUCGUAUAAAUUAGUGUCUACUAUUUUGUUGGAUCCACGAGAAGAUCAUACCUGGACACGUGUUUUUACAUUCAUGGAGGUGACGACUGAUAACACGUUACUCGUCGAAGAGAACGACGAAGAGAACGAAUCAAGUAACGAAUCUACGUUUGCCGAUACUCAUCGAUCAUUGUUCUUCGUGUUUUCAUGAUCGUGAGACAGUUUUGGUGAUUAUGAAUAUAUAAAAACGAAUUCUUGCGUAUGAAAACCAAGUUGAAACUGUGCUGAGCUAUCGAAAGAUAGAUCAUAAAAAGGCCGACAGAAAGAAGAAAAGAGGCGCGAGAAGUGAGUAAAGAAGAAGUGAGAGAAAUUCUUAUCAAAUGGCAGGACAGGAAGAAAAGCUAAGAGUGUCAAGAAAGAGAAGAUAACAAAAUUCAAAUCAGGAUGACAUGGUGAACGUGCGCGAUACAUUAUGAGACAACGAAUUUAAACAAAAAAAAAAGUAAAUAAAUAAAAGAAAACAACACAAAAGAAAAGAACAAAUCACGGUACCGUUCCUCAAGAAGGAAUCGGGAACGAUAGUGUUUAAAAGUUUAAGAUUUUAUGUGAACGGGACUAGGUGUGUCGUGUUUUAAGAAUGGUGUAUUGUGUCGAUCAAUGAAAUUUGAGAAGGGAAGAGAGAGAGAGAGAGAGAGAGAAAGAGAGAGAGAGGGGGAGAGACAGAGAGAAAGGGAGGACGAUAGAGAAAGAAUUAUUUAUUAAUAUAACGCGUUGAGGUUAAAAAAGAAAAGAAAAAGAAAAGAAAAGUAAGGAUAUACAAUAGGUUAAAGAUAUAAAAGAAUCAUGUGCACGACGGAGAUGACGGAAUCGUAUACGAUGUCACCGUCAACGACCGUGUCUUCCAGCGGCACGACGGCCGCCUGUUUGGUUGGCUCGCCUGGCCACCGACGGACACCUUGCAGAAGUUCGCCGUGUCGUGGUAGUGAAGUACAAGACGACGAGGACGUCAUUUCUGUUGGUUGUCCAAGUCCAUUGCCGUUGGUUGUGGUCGCGUCUUCCACGGAGAGCGACGAUCGACUAGCAUCUUCCAGGGAGGAUUAUGUCGAACGUUUGAGCCCAAGGAGAGUAGGAUACACAAGGACGGAUUCCGCGAUGGACAGUGAGGACAAUUAUUCGUUAAGAAAUAGCGAUUAUAGAACAUCGAACGGGAGGAGCUCAAUAAGGACUCAUGAGAGUAGUGGUGGUGAUUCUGUAACGACAUUGAGAGAGGACGACGAUGAUGAGGAGGAUGAGGAGGAACUUGAGAGUAGAACUAGCAGCAAUGGUACCACGGCUACUGCCGGUGCCACGGACGAUUAUUUUAAACCGUUAAAACGAUUGCAAAUGGUUCAAAUGCAACAUUCAGAUGAGGAAGAGGAACGAGAACGUGAUAGCAACGAGCGCGGAGUUAAAUCGUUCAGUAUAUUAGAUAUUUUGUCACAUCGGCCAAAAGCGAAAAUCGUUAGACCCUGGGACACGGUAGAUUCUACUCACGGUCAUCGUCAACAUCUUCAUCAUCAUCAUCAACAGCAGCAACAGCAACAGCAGCAACAACAACAGCAACAACAACAACAUCUACAACAUCACCUACAUCAUCAUCACCUUCACCAUCACAAUCACUCGACGAAUUCAAGUACCAGAGACUUGUCCUUGAUGGGCAUGUCACUAGCGUCUAUGUCAAGUACAAUAAGCGAGCCACCUCUCAGUAGCUCCUCCUCAUCCGGAAGAAGUUCUGUAUCCGAUUCCGGUAGUCCUGAUCCUCUUGCUCAUCAUCAUCACCAUCACCAUCAUCAUCAUCAUCAUCAUGCGGCACGACACCACGCUGUUCAUCCAGGACUACACGCGGCGGCUCUUCAGCAACAACAACAGCAGCACCAACACCAACAACAACAACAUCAACAACAACAGCAAUUCAAGAAAAAGAGUUCUCAGCAUCAUGGAAAUUCUCAGGCUGGACAGAAUGGAAAAAGAAGUACUGGACAGGGUAGUCCUUUGGACGCACUGUUCCAGAUGACGAGCAAGACCUUCGACGCUGGUGAGCACAGUCAAGAACAAGCGAAUCACUUGAACCUAUUCAACAAUCGUCAACAACCGAAGAAAAAACGCAAAAGUCGUACUGCGUUUACGAAUCAACAGAUCUACGAAUUGGAAAAACGUUUUCUUUAUCAGAAGUACUUGAGCCCAGCGGAUAGGGACGACAUAGCGCUUAAGUUGGGUUUGAGUAAUGCCCAAGUGAUCACGUGGUUCCAAAACAGAAGGGCGAAACUCAAGAGGGACAUGGAAGAGCUAAAGAAGGACGUACAAACGGUGAAUCCUCUUUUGGUCGCUCAACAUCACAAGACAUUCUUGGAGAACGUACAGGAUCUUGGAAUCCUGAAGAAACGCCCGUUACCGAGUUCGAUGGAAGAGAAAUCGUAGAGGAAAAACAUUUCUCAAUUCUCGAUUCGUCAUUUAUUUUUUUGUUUUUUUUUUCUUUUUUUUCAUUGUAUCGAUCACGAUCAUAAUCGGACGGAUGGGCGAACGAACGAACGAAUGAACGAACGAAUGUUUUUUCGAUCGAGAGUCGAUGUUCUUAUUCUAUUUUUUCUUAUUUUAUUUUAUUUUCUUCCUCUUCCUCCUCCUCUUUCUCUUAUUUCUCUUCUUCUUCUUCUUCUUCUUCUUCUUUUUCCUCUUGAAGAAGAUCGUGAAUCACAAAACACAAGAUGGCCGUUCACUCAACGAAAUUCUUCUUUCUUAAUCGCAAAAGAGACGAAUGCGACGAGACGAGUUUUAAUUUUCGACGAAUGGACUUCUUUAAUGUUAUCGAUUUUCCGAGUAAAUCACUUUUAAGGUUUCUUCUUUCUUUUUCUUUUUCUUUUUCUUUUUCUUUCCUUUUAUUCUCACAAAAUACGUAUGCGAAAAUUAAGAUUGUAAUGAAUGGAUGAUGAGCGUGGUCACGUGAAUAUAGAUUAUUACGAUUACACGAAAAAAAAUGUUUCCUGGAGAGUCGAGAAAAGAAGUAAUAAUAAUAAUAAUAAUAAAAAUACAAAAAUAAAAAAACAAAAAAAAAAAUAUAAAAAAAAUACAAAAAAAAAAAAAAUAAAAAAAAUUACGAUAAAAAUAAAGGGAAAAAUGAGUAAACGAGAAAAAAAAUGUAUCAAACAGAAAAAUGAAAAAUAACACUCGGAGUAAUGUUGUAAUUAGGUAAUCCCAUAUAUUUAUUUGUAUAGAAUUUGUGAUUUAUUUAGUUCGACGUUCGAAAACAUUAUAUUAUUCUAUAGAUUCGUAAUACUUACAUGCAUAUAUUUACUGGCACGCGAAGGAGAUUAUAGAAGUUAGAAAAAGUAUUAAGACAAACUUGGGAAAUUCAGUAUUAAUAAAGUUCUCGAAUGUAAUUACGUUAAUGUCAAAGCGUAUGAAAGGGACGAAUGUAAUGCAACAAUUGUGGGACUUAAUUUUCAUCGUGAUCCGCGCUCGUAAAC